AUGGCAGUUGAAGACAACAAUAUGCCUGUUGUUUCACAGCAACCCCAAGCUGCUGAAGACGUGGCCUCUUCACUCAGUAAAGAUUCCCAUUUAAGCGCACAGUCUCAAAAGUAUUCCAAUGACGAACUAAAAGCCGGUGAAUCAGGACCAGAAGGCUCUCGAAGUGUGCCCAUAGAGAUACCCAAGAAGGCUAUGUCUGAAUAUGUUACUGUUUCGUUGCUUUGUUUAUGUGUCGCCUUCGGCGGCUUCAUGUUUGGCUGGGAUACUGGUACCAUUUCAGGAUUUGUUGUCCAAACAGACUUCUUGAGAAGAUUCGGUAUGAAACACAAGGAUGGUACCCAUUAUUUGUCAAAUGUCAGAACUGGUUUAAUUGUCGCUAUUUUCAACAUCGGCUGUGCCUUUGGUGGUAUUAUUCUUUCCAAAGGCGGCGAUAUGUAUGGCCGUAAGAAGGGUCUUUCGAUUGUUAUUUUCGUUUAUAUUGUCGGCAUUAUCAUUCAAAUCGCCUCCAUCAACAAAUGGUACCAAUACUUUAUCGGUAGAAUCAUCUCUGGCUUGGGUGUCGGCGGUAUUGCCGUCUUAUGUCCUAUGUUGAUCUCCGAAAUUGCUCCAAAGCAUUUGAGGGGCACAUUGGUUUCCUGUUACCAGUUGAUGAUUACUGCAGGUAUCUUUCUGGGCUAUUGUACUAACUACGGUACAAAGAGCUAUUCGAACUCGGUUCAAUGGAGAGUUCCAUUAGGCCUAUGUUUCGCUUGGUCAUUGUUUUUGGUUGGCGCUUUGACGUUGGUUCCUGAAUCUCCACGUUAUUUAUGCGAGGUGAAUAAGGUAGAAGAUGCAAAGCGUUCUAUUGCCAAGUCUAACAAGGUGUCACCAGAAGAUCCUGCAGUUCAAGCCGAGUUAGAUCUGAUAAUGGCCGGUAUAGAAGCUGAAAAAUUGGCUGGCAAUGCGUCAUGGGGGGAAUUAUUUUCUACCAAGACUAAAGUAUUCCAACGUUUAUUAAUGGGUGUGUUUGUCCAAAUGUUCCAACAAUUGACCGGUAACAAUUAUUUUUUCUACUACGGUACCGUUAUUUUUAAGUCUGUUGGCCUAGAUGAUUCAUUUGAAACAUCCAUUGUCAUUGGUGUAGUCAAUUUUGCCUCCACUUUUUUCAGUUUAUGGACUGUCGAAAACUUAGGACGUCGUAAAUGUUUACUUUUGGGCGCCGCCACUAUGAUGGCUUGUAUGGUUAUCUACGCUUCUGUUGGUGUAACCAGAUUAUAUCCUCACGGUAAGAGCCAACCAUCUUCUAAAGGUGCUGGUAACUGUAUGAUUGUCUUUACCUGUUUCUAUAUUUUCUGUUAUGCCACGACUUGGGCGCCUGUUGCCUGGGUUAUCACUGCGGAAUCAUUCCCAUUGAGGGUGAAAUCCAAAUGUAUGGCUUUGGCCUCGGCUUCCAAUUGGGUAUGGGGAUUCUUGAUUGCAUUUUUCACUCCAUUCAUCACCUCCGCCAUUAACUUCUACUACGGUUAUGUUUUCAUGGGCUGUUUAGUUGCCAUGUUCUUUUAUGUCUUUUUCUUUGUUCCAGAAACCAAGGGCCUAUCGUUGGAGGAAAUUCAAGAAUUAUGGGAAGAAGGUGUUCUACCUUGGAAAUCUGAAGGCUGGAUUCCUUCAUCCAGAAGAGGUAAUGAUUAUGAUUUAGAAGAUUUACAACAUGAUGACAAACCAUGGUACAAAGCCAUGUUAUAA